AUGCUCUGGACACUGCAGCUGUGCCUAUCAGGACUCGCUGGCAUAUCCUCUCAUCUGGUAUACUUCAUACAAGGCGAACAUCACAUCCAAGCGCCGAAGAUAUUCAGAUUCUAUCUAAUCUUGACAUGCUUGGUCUUCUUCAUCGAGGCAUACUGUGAGAGAAAGAAUGUACAAACCGCAAUCUUGAUGGCCACUUCAGUAUUGUUCUGCUACGCCAUCGCUCUUUUUGGUAGCAUGUUCAUCUAUCGCGUGUUCUUCCAUCGUCUACACAAUUUCCCCGGCCCUCGCUUGGCCAAGGUAUCGAAGCUGUGGAACGUUGUCAAGGCUUCGAAGUCGACCAAUUUUAGACUCAUGGAAGAUCUACACGACCGCUACGGUGAUUUCAUUCGCACAGGUACGGAAAAACGAGUCUUGUUGCCAGUGCCUUAUCUCGUUGUGUACAUACCUAAACUAGUACAACGCAGGUCCGAAUGA